GGGAGCCGUAAGUGCUAGUGGUGGGGGAUGGUGCUGACGCGCACAACCGGCCCCUCGGAAACACAUGGAAGCCAUUUUGGCAAUAUCGCUUUCGCGACCUGGCAUCUUGCUCCUCAACAUCCUUAAUUCGCGCUGUGCUCUGCAUCUUCGACCCUUUCGCGUCCAUCAUCCUAGACCCUCGGUACCAAACUUUUCCACCUCCCGCUUCAAGCCCGAUCUCGACGCGAACCGAAUAUCGCAUCCGCCCCUAUCACCGCCCGAGUCCCUAUCCCAAAGGUGGCAACUUACAUCCCCAGCGAACCCAUCACGAUCUAUCGCCAGUACCGACGCCCACUGCACCACCUCGCACGAUACACCGCGCUCGCCGCUCCCUUCCGAGCUCUCCGGCGCCUCUAAAUCGCACCUUUAAAUAAGCCGUGAUCCGCCGAGACUCACAGCGAGGUGCUGUUUCGAGCGCUUGGGAUAGUACCUUCGACCCCCGCCCAUGAGUCACCUAUUGUGGAAAUAUUACUGGGAAAACGAUGUCGACAAGUUUCGGCGUCUGCUGGCCCCUACCAGCUAUAAUACCCAGAAUGUGUCCAAGAGCCCUGCGGUAGGGAGCAGCAGUUUCACAGCUAGAAGCCCGGGUGGCCUCGGCACCUCGCCGCGACUUGUCGCGAAGCAGCGGCGAGCUUCGGGGCAUCACCAAACCCCGGCAAAAUCGAAGGAUGCCAGCCAAAACCUCGGACGCGCCGAAAUCAACAGCCGGGACCAUGCUGGCUUGACCGUGUUGCUGCGAGCCGCCUCCUCAACCGACCCGAAUGCUCGAGACUUCGUCCAGCUCCUUAUUGAGCACCCUGCAAUUGACCUAUAUGCGCAGGAUCCGGAGAGCGGCUGGAAUGCCCUCCACCGAUCCUUAUAUGCUGGAAACGUUUCGAUUGCGCGCCUGCUGUUGGAAAGGGAACGCAUGGACUUGACGAGCCACAACGUGACCUCCGUUAACAAAGUCGGUCUGUUGAUCAAGACAAAGGACCAUGAGGGCAACAGUCCCUUUGAUGUUUACAAUUCAACCAUCGCAGCACGGUCCCUGAAGAGCAUCGAGGAUGCGAGUAGCUCGGAUAGCAACUCGGAUAGCGGCGAUAGCGUUGGAGAUGGGUUACACCACACCGCCAAGGUGCCUCACGGACUCCACUCAUCGAUUGAUGGUGACGAACUAUUCGUGUUUGGCAGCAACAAGAAUAUGUCGCUGGGGGUUGGCGAUGAGGAUGACCGCCACUACCCCGAGCGCAUUCAUUUGAACCGACCAGAACAUCUUUUGCGUCGGUUCUACCAUUCCCACCUUGCUCAAAAUGAUGUGGAGGCUUCCACUUCCCUGCCUGACCUGGAUGAAAUUCCAAUUCUGGUCCAGAAUCCCCCACUGGUGAUCCAAGAUGUGGCCUUGUCUAAACUACACACUGCCAUAUUGACUACAGACCCAGUCUCCAACCUUUACAUCUGUGGCGUUGGGCGAGGUGGAAGGCUUGGACUGGGGGAUGAGAACACUCAGUUCAAAUUCGUUCCAGUGCAAGGCCCAUUUGUGGACAGAAGGGUCCGCGAUAUUGCACUUGGCCAAAACCAUACCAUGGCUGUCGCUGGCAACGGAGAGCUUUGGACUUGGGGGCUGAACUCCAACUCACAGUUGGGAUAUGUACUGCCACCGCCCAUGAAGGCAGAUGAGGAGCCCAUGAGUCUUACCCCACGCCAAGUCUUUGGCUCUCUUAAAAAGGAAAAUGUGCUUGGUGUUGCCGCAUCGGCGAAUCACUCCGUUGCACACACCGGGACCUCUUUGUAUACGUGGGGUCGAAAUGUUGGCCAACUGGCUCUCAUGGAUGCCGAUUCAAGGUCGCUCGACGUGCAAAACACACCCAGGAAGGUUGCUGCUUCUCUCCUGGCAUCUCCCAUCAAAAUGGUCUCGGCCAUUGACAAGGCGACCAUAUGUUUGCUUUCAAACCACACGGUUUGGGUCUUCAGCAACUAUGGUUACAACCUGGUCAAGUUUCCGUUCCCCGAUGCCUUUACAAACCACAAUUUGACCACAUCAUCUUAUUCCAAUCGAUAUGACUCAGGCCGAAGGGAAAUCAACUACAUUACGUCAGGGGGAGAAACGAUCGCCGCAGUUACUGCACGCGGAGAUCUAUUCACUUUACAGCUCAACCAGAAGGGGGAUGCGAGCCAAUCUGCAGCUUCCACCACAAAUCCAGUCAAGAUCAAAAGCGCCUUAACCCAACCUCUGUGCAUUUGGGACUCGCACAAGGAUGGAGUGGCCUCGGUAGAUGUUGGCGAGCACGGUUCAGUCAUCAUCUGCACUGAAUCAGGAGCAGUUUGGAAGCGAGUUCAGCGGACCAAGGGUAAGAGUGCCGCAUUCGCCGAGUCAACGGACAAGAAACGAAAGGACUUCAAAUUCCAGCGAGUACCAUACAUCACGAACUGCGUAGCCGUUCGAAGCUCCAUCUUUGGUGCCUUUGCGGCUAUCCGAACCGACAGCAAGGUCAUGUCCGAGGAAAUUGAGAUCGCUGACAAGGCACUACGAGAAGACAUUAGCUCUUUGCUCUGCCUCCGGGACUUCGAAGCACCGGAGCCUAGCAAGGAAGCUAAGAAAGCUCGGAAGUCAUGGGAUGCGGCCAUCGCGAGAGAGCAGCGUGGAUCUGUCCCUCACGAAAUUCUACGAUCACAGGACAUUGAAGCUGAUAUGUUGCACUGGCUGCAAGUCAACUCCUUUCAAUAUGGUGACCUCGACGUUGAGCUUUGUACAUCGUCAUCACCAGACAUACGAAUUCCCGUUCAUGGCUGGGUUCUGUCUGGACGAAGUUCCGUCCUUCGUGAAGGCCUUUCGGAGUUUCGAAACCACGGGUCAACUUUCAGCACGGAUGCUUUCCGCAUCGAGGCUACCCAGGACAAGAUAUUGGUGACCUUGUUCGAGGUCGACAUCUUCACCAUUCUCAACAUCAUUGUCUAUGUUUACCAGGACAAGAUUAUCCCGGUUUGGAAAUAUACACGAGAAUCACCGCCACUUGCAUUUCGGUUUCGCCACAUCCGGACGGAGUUGAUGAAAAUAGCACCUCGCCUUUCCAUGCCAAAGCUAGAGGCGGCUGUUCGACUACAGACUGGAGUAGAACAGUCUCUCGAUGCCGACUUCAGCCAGGCCAUAUCCCAUCCUGAUUUUUUCGAUGAUGCCGACGUCAUCCUGGAGCUGGAUGGAGCUGAAGUUGUAGCUCACAGUCAACUUUUGUGCCAGAGAUGUCCUUUCUUUGAAGGUAUGUUCCACGGUCGCUCCCAAGGUCAAUGGCUCGCGGGACGCCGCGAUGGGGAUUCGACCGACAACGUAAGGGUUGAUCUCAAGCACAUCGAUCCUGAAACGUUUCAAUAUGUGAUUUCGUUCAUGUAUGCCGACGUCGGACAGGAGCUGUUCGACAACGUGGCAGCGGCUUCAAUUGACGAGCUGUCGGAUCUCGUGCUGGACGUUAUGAGCGUCGCAAACGAGCUCAUGCUUGAUCGACUCUCGCAAAUCUGCCAGUCUCUGAUUGGAAAAUUCGUCACAACAAGGAAUAUUGCCAAUCUCCUGAACGAAAUCAGUCCUUGUUCAGUCGCCGAGUUUAAGGACACUGGCCUUGAGUACAUCUGCCUCCAGCUCGAGUCGAUGCUUGAAAACCACCUGCUCGACGAUUUGGAAGAAGAGCUGCUUUUGGAAUUGGAUGAAGUUGUACGCGACAACCAGCUCGCCCGACUUCCUUUUGCACGUAGCGGGAGAGCUGAACUGUUACUCCACGACAACAACCCCCACCUCGCCGCCGACAUUGACGAGGAGCGACAGCUCAGGGUCAAGGAAAUGGCCUUCAAGAUCAGUCAGAAGGAGGAUGAGAAGAAACUAUCUUCGUCUUACAAGGCGCGCGUGGGAAGCAUGGACGACUUGAUUCCCAUGCAAACCCCUGACAGAUCUGGUCGGAAAUCAAGGGGAGGCCGCAAUGAGCCCUUCAGCCCUAGUCUACGACCUAAACAGUCUCAAGGCGAUCUGAUAUUUGACAUGGACGAGGAGGAUGGCUCUACACUCAGCAGUCCGCGAUCGCCACUCAAUCAACCCUUGAAUCCCAGGCUGCAAAUUGAUGCCGAUGAGAUCCCGCAGCUUCCCAAGGCCUGGCGAGAACAGAAAGGAAAAGGCAUCGCAGAUAUCAUGCAUAGCCCAACACCAGACUCGUUUUCUAUGUCGCCUGAUCUGAGAUUGUCCAGGACAAGAGAUUCGAAUCCAACAGGUGGUGCGAUGUCGAAGCCAGGUAGCCCCUGGGCGCCUGCGACGCUGGCAACCUCGAAGCUGGACCUGAAGGGUAUCAUGUCUGAAAGCUCGUCUAAAUCUGCACUGACUGCGGGUCUCACAGAGCAAAAGACGAAAGAUUCUGCGGCGAACAAGCCACAAACGAAGGUGUCACAAAAGGAGCGAAAGAAGCAAUUGCAGAUGCAGGCGGCGGCGCAAGCAGCGGCAGAGGCGGCAGCCAAGGAUGAACUGGCCAGCCAAGUGCCGUGGGAAAAGCCACCACCUGGUGGACGACCGCCUCCCUGGAAGGCGGCCAAGCCAACGCCAAAGAUGUCAGUGGAGGAGGCGAUGGCAAUGGAGUCAAAGAUGCCCGGGUCAGUCUCGGCCAAUACCAAACCUCUUGUGGUCUCGGAGACGAGAGGUAAGUCUGCGAGACAGCGUACCGCGUCGCCCGACACCAGAUUCCCGGGACAGGCUCGGAUGAGCAACUCCCCCGCCAUGGGCGCGGAGCCGUCGCCGGGCCAAGCCAAGAAACCGCUGGUGCCACACUCACGGUCAUACAUAACACCAGCGCCUAAGGCCGAGGCGACUCUAGGAUUCAGCAUGGCGGACAUUAUUGGGCAGCAGAAGCGCGAGCAGGAGCUGGUGAAGGAGGCGGUCGCGAAGCGGUCGUUGCAAGAGAUCCAGCAGGAGCAGGCGUUCCAGGAGUGGUGGGACCAGGAGAGCCAGCGAGCUCAAGACGAGGAGGCGCGACGGAAGACGAAGAGCAGAGAUAAGGAGGACAAGGGGACCAGACGGGGCGGUCGGCGUGGCAGAGGCGGCAAAGCCAAGAGCGGCGAGGUCGCGGUGGAUGGCGGACAGAGCGGGGGUGGAAGCGGAGGCGGAGGCGCCAACAAGAGAAUGAGUACAAACACGAAGACAACAAACACGGGCACGCGCGGCGGAGGGAAUUCAUCUGGCAGAGGGGAAGGCGUCAAGACAAGAGGCGGUAAGGCCUAAUAAGAGUCGGGGAGUGUUGUUUUGCUUUUGAGGAUCGUAGGACCCGACAAGCCUCAUUGGUGGGGAUUUGUUGCGUGGAGUUUAUGGACAAUCACCCCCUUAUACGCUUUACGCUUUGCAUUGCAUGUAUUAUUUUGACGGUAACCACAUCUUGGAGUGUACAUAGGGUAUGUGGUUCGAGGGAGGGAGUGCACUAAUUAGCACGACGGAAAUGCCAUGUAUUGCGAUUGACGCCGUGUAAGCGAACCUGACCUAAUCUGAGAUGUAGUCUAUUGAUCAAUCACAGAUGGUUUUCC